AUCGGGAGCAAUACUUUAUUUUUCUCUUCACUGGAACAACUUUAAAUGUUACUGCGAUAAGAGAAGUUGCCUAUGGGAAGGUGGUUAAGCGGUUAGGUAAAGGGAAAGAAAGGACAUCAAAAUAAAGUACUGCGGAGGAAUUUUUGUCAUGCUGUGAGACGACGGAGGGAGAAGAGUGAAGGCGAUUGAGAGGGGCUCAGGGAAUUGUCCUGUGUGAGGGGCUUUCUUUAGGCCCCGGGCCCUUGCCUGUCCCUAUCGUCAGCAGAGAGAUGGAAACCUUGAUGACUGGUUCCACCCUGCCUCCCCUUUUUGCAGAUGAAGAUGGCUCCAAGGAGAGUAAUGAUCUGGCUACAACUGGAUUAACCCACCCAGAGGUUCCAUAUAGUAGUGGAGCCACAUCAUCUACCAACAAUCCAGAAUUUGUGGAGGAUCUAUCCCAAGGUCAGUUGCUUCAGAAUGAAUCUUCAAAUACAGCAGAAGGCAGUGAACCGAGGCAUGAAGAUGAGCAAAGAAGUAAACGAGGAGGUUGGUCCAAAGGACGAAAGAGGAAGAAACCUCUUCGAGACAGCAAUGCACCCAAAUCCCCCCUUACAGGAUAUGUUCGGUUCAUGAAUGAGCGUCGAGAACAGCUUCGAGCAAAGAGACCAGAAGUCCCAUUUCCAGAAAUCACAAGGAUGUUAGGCAAUGAAUGGAGUAAACUGCCUCCUGAGGAGAAACAGCGCUACCUUGAUGAAGCAGAUAGAGAUAAGGAACGUUACAUGAAGGAGCUGGAGCAGUAUCAGAAGACCGAGGCCUACAAGGUCUUCAGCAGGAAAACCCAGGACCGUCAGAAAGGCAAAUCUCACAGGCAAGAUGCAGCCAGACAGGCCACUCAUGAUCAUGAGAAAGAAACAGAGGUAAAGGAACGAUCUGUUUUUGACAUCCCUAUAUUUACAGAGGAAUUCCUGAACCACAGCAAAGCUCGGGAGGCAGAGCUCCGCCAGCUUCGCAAAUCCAACAUGGAGUUUGAGGAGAGGAAUGCAGCCCUGCAAAAGCACGUGGAGAGCAUGCGCACAGCAGUGGAGAAGCUGGAGGUGGAUGUGAUCCAAGAGCGGAGCCGCAACACGGUCUUGCAGCAGCACCUGGAGACCCUGCGGCAGGUGUUAACCAACAGCUUUGCCAGUAUGCCCUUGCCUGGAAGUGGAGAGACACCUACAGUGGACACCAUUGACUCAUAUAUGAACAGACUGCACAGUAUUAUUUUAGCUAACCCCCAAGACAAUGAAAACUUCAUAGCUACAGUUCGAGAAGUUGUAAACAGGCUUGAUCGUUAGGGAAUGGUCUUAGAGCACCAAGAUGUUCUGUAAGUGGUUUUACUUGUAAGGAAUGAGAAGCCAUCCAUGGAAAUUUGAACUGAGUGGAGGCAGAAAGGGAGUACAGCUUACUCUGCUUGUGAAAGAACUAUCAGUUAUGAGUUAGAUGCCUUCACUCCAGGAAGCCAUAUGAGGGAACAGCAAAAGGAACAUGUAUAUGAACUUCCAAUGGAAUCGUCCUUGUGAAGCUUUGAAAGUGUACAACCGCUCUCCCAAGUCUUCAGUUUCCCAUCAUCUCCAUUUAUGUUAAAGUGGAUCUGCAUCUAUUCUGCUGACUAGGCAACCCUGAGCCUGACAUCUUCUGCGGCAGAAAGGAAGCCUUCUCGUUGUUCUACUUCAGACUGGAUCCUUUUAUUGUGGAGCUCCGAUUUUCUUACCUAGCUGUCACUUUUUUUUAAUGCAUUUGGGGGUUAUUUUUUUAUUCCCGUCACCCCCACCAAGAUAUACAUCUCCAUUUUCUGACCUCUAGGCUUUGUUGCUCAGCAGGGUUCUGAAGGAGAGUUUCUCUCAUUGGACAGGCCCGGUCUUCUCCCAUCAUUGUCCUGCUGUGACUCCAAAGAAAGGAGCUUCUUGUUGACAGUGUCCCGUGGAGUGAGGCUGUGUUUCCCACCCCACACAGCUCUCAGUGGGUGCCAGCCCACAUCGAGGCUUUGUGAUUGCUGCCUUGGAGGAGAAUGCUCUUUCUUUCCUUCCUCCUUGGUACUGCCUGCUGUGUUCUAAGCAUUGCUCCUGCACAGAGCUGGCUUCCCAGCCCUGGCAAGGCUUUUCUGUUCCCAUCUGUUGGCAAUGUCUUGUGGAGCAUUUUUGCUGAGAAAAGGUCAUUGGUAAACAGGAGAGAAUGGGAAAAGUAGUUUCUCAUGUGGUAUUGGAAAAAAAAAACCCAAGUUUAUCAUAAGUGAAAACUGAGGGAAUGUCUGCUUUAGGUAUACUGAUCCACAGAUACAGAUAGGUGGAAAUGUCAUUCAAAAUAGUCUCUUGAGCUGACAGAAAAGGGCACAGAGGAAUUCUCAUGUGCUUUGUCUUCUUUAGCUGUAACUGCAGAAUCUAUGUCAAAAAGGACAGGCUCCCCUUAGUCUUCCCCACCAUUAGUAAUUGAUUUUUUUUUAACACCUAAAGGGAAGAGGGGUCCCUAUUCUCACCUCAGGGUUUUUUUGUUUGUUUUGAUGCUCUAGAGCACAAGGCUGACGGUUGCAGCUGAGGUCUUUGGAACCAAAGCAGGGCCUGCUGAGCCCGUUGUCUAGGCACCAUGCCACUGAAGGCAGGUAGAAGUGAGGCCUUCUCACGAUGUGCUCAUGAGCCAGGGUGCAAGCCAGAAACCCCGUUACCUUGCUGCACCAUCCUGUCUUCUCAGCAUCUCCUUACCUGAUUUUUCUGUUAGCCCAAAGGAAAUAAAACAACAAAAAACAACCUUUUUUUUAAUGUCUUUUGUGAACACACAUCAAAUUUCCAUGCACUGAAGCCCACAUUCCACCACUUGGCAACUUUUUAGAAUAAGAGCCCAUCAUUAUCUAUUGCUAUAAAUCUAGCCAACUUACCUGCUUUUCUGUAUUUUCCUGUUUUUCUUGCUCUCAUCUGCUGUUCCUGUCACUUCUCUCAGACUCCUUGCCUGCUAAGUCCAAGCUACAACACACUGCCUAUGGCAGAAGGACAUUCAAGCCAGUUCUGAAAGUUUGUAUCUGCCUCCUGCCAGAUACUUUCUUUCCUUUCUUCCUUCCUCCUAAUAUUUCUCUCUGUUUCUCCUUUGUUUUAGUUUUGUGCAGCUUUGUUAGCAGUGCUGUUGACCAGGUAAGACGGUAACUCGGUCCAAAGAUCAUCAUUCUCCUGACUCUAGAUAAGACACCUGACAUUGACUUGAAACAUUUGCAUAUUCAGGAAUGCACGAGAUUUUGAGAGAGCACAUAGUCUGAAAUCAUUUUCACAAAAUAAGCAGCCUGCGUUUGAAAUGCUGGCUCUCCCAGUAGCUACACACCUGACUCACUGGUGGCUGGGAUUCAGUUGCCACAAAACUCUCAGGUUCUGUAAAGCAGGUCUGUGUCACCUCCUCUCUCCUCUGUGCCCAACCAGGAGGUGGUAAACGAGGUUACAGGCUAACACAAUACCUAAUUCAUGUUUCCCAAUAAACUUGUAGAUAUUACUGCACUUAUGUUCUCAAGAAAUAAGUUGUUGCCUAUUCAGUGUUAACACAUUUCUUUUCUUUCUUUUUAUUAAAACACAAGGAGCAGCUGAGGAAAGUGAGACAAAGUGUUUUAUUUCUGACAAAAUUAAAUUUUAGGAAAAAGUGUACAUGUGUUUGAAACUGUUGAAAUGCCAAGUGUUCUGUACAAGUGUUUUUGUAAUUAAACUUUUAGGUUUUUUUUUAUUUUUUAAGAAGUCGAUAUGCUUGCUUGACAUUUGCCUCAUUAAAACUUUUCUAUGUUUAAUCCA